AUGGCAAACUUUAAGGGCCAUGCUCUCCCAGGGAGCUUCUUCUUGAUAGUCGGACUGUGGUGGUCAGUGAAGUACCCACUGAUGUACUUUCACCAGAAGGGGAAAAGCAGCCGACUGACUCAUUACCAUCAGCGACUCGAGAUCAUUGAAGCCGCAGUCAGAACCCUGUUUUCAGUCACUGGGAUCCUGGCCGAGCAGUUUGUUCCAGACGGGCCCCACCUCCACCUGUACCACGAGAACGAGUGGUGCAAGUUAAUGAACUGGCAGCACAGUACCAUGUAUUUGUUCUUCGCAGUCUCGGGAAUCACCGAUAUGCUCACCUAUCUCGUCAGCCACGUUCCCCUGGGGCUGGACAGACUGGUUAUGGCUGUGGCAGCAUUCACUGAAGGUUUUCUCUUCUACUACCACGUCCACAACCGACCACCCUUGGACCAGCACAUCCACUCGCUCCUGCUGUGCGCUGUGUUCGGAGGGGCUUUCAGCAUCUUCGUAGAGGUGGUCCUCCGGGACAAUAUUGUGCUGCAACUCUUCCGAACCAGUCUCGUUAUCCUUCAGGGCACCUGGUUCUGGCAGAUCGGGUUUGUGCUGUUCCCACCUUUUGGAGGACCCGAAUGGGACCAGAAAGAUGACGCAAACCUCAUGUUCGUCACCAUGUGCUUCUGCUGGCACUACUUGGCUGCCCUCUGCAUUGUGGCCAUCAGCUACUCGCUCGUUUUCUGCCAUUUGACUCGGUUAAAGAGGCACGGAGGAGAAAUCAUUGGCAUUCAGAAGCUGAAGUCAGAUCACACUUACCAGACGGCCCUCCUGAGUGGCUCAGAUGAGGAAUGAGGGAGGCCACCCGUCAUCAAUGUGGGGUGAACAUGGCCCUUUGAGUAUGAACAGCUAGAGUGUGCAAAGGGGUAGCUCAUCUCCAUUUCAGUGCUUGCUCCAGUCUGCUUUUAAGGUUCUAUAUAUUUGCACCUUCUCAUUUAACUGACUAAAGUCUCUGUUGCUAUGGUAUCCUCCAUAAAGAAAAAUGAAGCCUUUGUGUCCCAGUAUGAAGAGAAAUCAAAGACUCUGAAAGUUUCAGAACAAGAUAGGGCCUCAUGGAUGAAUCCAGGAUAUGAAUCCAGCAGAAAAUACUGCUUUUGAUAACUUAUCCAUUUUUUUCUGAAGAAAACAGGUUGUUUCUUAUGAGAAAUUAAGUGAGACUUCCUUUAUUUUAAAGAUACAAUUCUAGCACAUUUUUUUUUAAGUAAAACAAUUUACAAGCUUUGGUACUUUAAAUAUUACUUGUUAAACAUUCCCUA